UGUCCACUAAUCGCUAUCCAAUAGGUGCGAAGUGGCUAAAUAACCCUUUUAUUGCUUUCCGACUCGUCCGUGACGGUUCAAGCGGGAGCGACGAGCCUGUCACAUGUGACCGGAAGUGUCAGAGGUCACCGGGAAUUUUCAAAGUAACGUUCCAUUCUGACAGUGUUCAUUUUGAUGACUGCGUGUUUAAUCUGGUAACUGCUUGUAUUCACUCUGGUGGCUAUGCAAGCCAAUUUGAUGGACCGCGUUUGCCGUGUUGGCAAAGAUGUUUUCGAGUACGACACACUGCGACAGGGCCAGGCAGACGCUGUUUUGGGUAUUUUAAAUGGCCAAGACGUGUUUGUCGGGCUACCGACCAGAGCUGUUCCGUGGGUCGCGUACUGUUCCCUGGCCGGCUAAUUCCUCUGGCCGGCUUACUCCUCUAUUUGUUCAAUUUCUACGAUUUUCCAGCGAUCCGGAGUCUGGUAGAGACUAGCCUAUGUAGGAAUAAAAAGUAUAUAACAUCCGUAUAUACAUCCACAAGUUCCCCUUCGCUUUUAACUUCACGGAAUUGCCCAUAAUUUUCGCAUUUUGUUCAUAACUAAUGAAAAGUGAAUAACACUCUGAUUAAAUGACACAGAUAACGAAUUGUACACAUUUGUUGUGUCAUGUCCUAUACAGAAGCUUUCUGCUCUUUGAAUCCUUUCAAGAAAUUAUGGCAUAAGGUAGCAGGUAGAAAAGUUAACAUUGUCCUUUGUAAAACUGUUUAGCAAUAACAUAAAAUGAUGUAAAAAAAAGAACUACUGUCGAAUAUUUUACUUUUGAUUCGAGCUAGACUUGUUGAAGAUGCAAAAGGACACCCAGAUGGGUGGAGCCGUGUUCGAGAUUCUCGACAUGGUUUACCGCAUCUACCAUGACAGUACCAAGUGUAGGAGAGAGCUGACACAGAUACCAACUACCAGCACCGAUACUUUGAUGCCAAGGGACCAGAAGCAUGGACAGAGACUUUGGUCAAAUAGGACUGGUUUCAAUUCUCACAACGGUUGUGAUCUAAUGCCCCAUUGCCAAUUAGUCGCCCCACGCUUCCAGCCUCAGAACAAGUUAAUUCUCCGUCUACCUCUCUCAACACAGGUCUCGCCUGGACUCUGCUAGAACAAGAUACAUUUAACACUAACAACAGACCUUCGCCAGCUCCACGCAGGCCAACCAUGCUUUUCAGUUCCGGACGUAUUCUGCACCUAAUUCAAGGUUAUUUUGUAGCAUAAAAAAACCUUAUCUAUUGAAAUGCGUUUUAAAACAAACGUUGAAAUCCAGAUCAUAUGCCAAUCCUCACAGUUACGCAGCAUAGAAUUUCUCAACUGAUUGUGUGCUGUCAGUUAACAUUAAAAAAUUGCCAGGAUUGCUUGUGCUUCUCUGAAAUUAACAAGGAGCGGGCCAUUGAUGAGUCAUUGAAGAAACUCCCACUCGAAAUUAGGAUUGAACGCCCAGAAGACAUUGUGGAUGAGAAGUGUUCUAUCAUCUAUAAGAGGUGCCUCGAGCAGCUUGUCGGCUUCCUGGAGCUGCCUGAAGACAAGAGAAUGUGCCGUGAAUGUCCUGCCCCCGCCCCCCCCCCCCCGGUCCACCCCGUUGAAAACCCUGUUCCAUCUGUGCAGAUCGUGGCAAGUGGGAUGAUCGUCAAAUGGCACUGUAAAAAUAAUCAUCUGGUAUGGAGGUGGUUCACCCAGCCAAGACUGAAAUUCGGUGUGCAAGGAGGUGACUUAAUGCAGACCAGCAGCCUCCUGUUGUCGGGAAACAACUAUGGCAAGUACAGCCUGAUGUGCAAAUUCAUGGACUUGGGAUGUGUGAACGAGUCAACAUUUUACAAGAUUCAGAGGCAGUACUGUGUUGACGCAAUCGAUGAGUACUGGGCCAAACAACAGGAGAUCGUCAGGGAUCUGAGGAUCAAAGAAGAGGUCGUUCUCCUUGGUGAUGGCCGUACGGACUCCCCGGGACACUGUGCACAAUACUGCACGUACACAGCCCUAGACAACGCAUCUGGGUCCAUUGUGGCUAUUGAAGUUGUGGACAAGAGGGACACUGACAGAAAAUCCUCUGUGAUGAAGGAGGGCUUCAAAAGAGCCAUGGACGACCUCGACAAAUGUGUUCCCAUCACAGAGGUGUGCACGGAUGCACAUCCCCAAAUCUCUGCACUGAUGAGGACUGACAAAGGGGUGUAUGGUAAAAGAGGCAUCUUCCAUUCCCUGGAUGUCUGGCACGGGGCCAAAAACAUGACAAAGAAACUAGUGAAAGCUGGAGGGGAGAAGGGCGGCACAGACCUCCUGCCGUGGACUCGAGACAUCGUCAACCAUUUCUGGUGGUGUUGUAAGAGGGCCAAAAACUACGAAGAAUUCAUCUUAAGUACCAUGUUCUAUACAUCUGCAAAUGAGGGCCAAAAAUGAAAGGUAAUGCUAGUGGUAUGUAGUGUCAAAAUGCUUCCUUCAUGGUCCUCUUUGAAACAUAAAUCAACAAACACUGAUCUAAACUAAAGAACUCAAGGAAAAACAGUUAUUGAGGAAAAUGAAAUACUAAGGAACAAAGAACAUUCUAUUCUACCAUUAUCUUAACUACAGUAUAAGAUAUUUCUUUAAUGUGUCAAAUAAGUCAUCAUCCUGUUUGAAUAUGGUUGUGUCAGUCUUUUUAAAUGAAAAUACUAUUCAUUGGUGUAAUGACUAAUUAAACUCAUGUUAAGGAUUCAUGUAUUACCCCUAUAUAAAUCGCCACCAGGUGCUUUGGAAGGGAGUGCCGCAUCACGUGUGCAACGAGCAUCAAUGGGCUACAGGGUCAUGUAAUCAUGAGCCGAUUGACCCGGCAGAAGUGAGAACGAAGACAUGGCUUGUUAAGGGCACACCAGCUCACGAGAAGCUGAGCAGCAGCAUCCUCAACAAGCGAUGGCUGAAAACAACCUUAAAGUUCCUACGCUUCAGGUAAAAGUGUUUGUAUGUCUGAUAUGUUAGAUAUUGUUGAAAUGUUUUUUCAAUAAACUUACAUAAUACAGAUGAAUAUUUCGACACUAUUUCUAAAUCCCCCUGUCGACAUCUGCAGGUUGCCACGACUCUGCUUAAGAAAAUCAGCGAGCAGGCUGAGAGCACACCGGCGGCAGAAGAACCCGUCAGGCGCCUGUACGCCUCACCUAAAGGCAUGGACGCGGAGAUCGGGCCGUCCCAAAACUGCAACAACACACCGCGCGUCAAGCGGAGGAAGCUGUUCGGCAGCGAGGUGGGUCGUGCCCAAGGGAAGCGAACCCCAAAGUCCAACAAGGCGUCUGACCAUCCGGCGGGGAUCUUGAACUUUAACAAAGAUGUGGAUAGCACACAGCAGGCGGCAGGUCGGGCAGACAUCUCAGGUGGACCAACGUACACCAUCGCGCGCGCAGAUUCACGCUAGACCCCUAUCAAGAAGAGACUUGUUUUCUGUAAAGUGUGUGGCGCCACAUGUGACAAGAGCCACAAGUUUUGUCGUGAGUGUGGCAACGUGCUGGCCCACCGCCAUGAGCGGUACUAUAGACUCUAUGCGGCAAGUGAUGUUUGUUUCCGGCCUGUUUUCUAGAGUUCAUUCCAAGGCAGAACAAACGUUGUUAUUAGAUAUUGUCAAAUUUAAUUCUUGUUUUUAAGUACUUUACAUUUAUUACUGUUAUUGUUUUGUUUCCUCUUCUUCUCCAAAAAAAUCAGAGGAUGAUCACAGGGUCAAUAGCAAAUGGAAAACCGAAAAGUCUGCAUUGUUGGCUGAAAGUAUGGGUUGUUAACUGAAUGUGAACAGCUAAAGAAACAACUAAAGAGGAAGAAAGGUGGACGAGAAAGUCUCCGAUUGUGUCUGCACAAGUGCAGACAGAAGAAAUUAAAACUGGCAAAGAAAUUGAAGACAUUCAAUACCAUACAGAAAUGUAGCCAAAAACAAAUUUAAAAAACUUCAAACCCAGGUAGAUCUAGAAGACUUAGAAAUUAAGUGAACAUUCUGGGGGAGACUAUUAACCAAAUGAAAAGGCAAGAGGCAAAUCUUGUGGCAACCAUUCAUACUGCCUAACUACUGUCCGAAUCAGAUGCCGCAACUCUGCAUGGGGAUGGAACAUCCAGGGGUGCCAGGGAUGGCAAAAAAGUCACAGCAUGCCAAGCCAACACGUACGGGGAAAACAGACUCCAAGAAGGGAAGAGGGCCAACUCGAAAUUUGGUGUAGGUGUGGCAACUGUGAGAUAAUGCCUACUAAAUGGAAAUGAAGGAACUGUAUCACACAAGACACAGGAAAGCGUCCAGCUGUUAUUGAACGGAAUGCAGGACUUCCAUGCAAACUCGCUCUCACUAAACAAUGACUACAAACCAGAUCUCUCAUCCUUACAUUGACAACAGAAAGUAUCCACGCCACACAUCAUCGCAAGCACCCAACAGCGACUUCAGCAAUGCCAUGAAUGAGAGCUUAAAGCGCAUGGCGUUUUGGUCUGUGUACUACCAUACUCACCCCAAGUCUUACUACCCUGCCCCAAAGCAAGAUGCAUCUGUCCCAGUUUCCCAUGGUAAGGCCAUUUAAGCCGAAAAAGAUGGGAAAACGGGAUGAGACCACAAUAAGACACUGGACGGCAGAGUAUGGCAAAGUCGUCCGCCUAAGAACCAUACGGCAGGAGACAACAAAGUACAAAGCCGGUACGUUGCAGAUGAUGGUCGGAAAGCUUUCCCUGACUCCCCUCUUCAUAUGCCCGACAGAGGGAGCGAUGACGCACUGGCCGUACACAAUUGAACACAUUGCGAUCAAGGAUUGUCAGAUUUCAAGUUCAAUACAAAUUAAACGAUAAACAAUCACAGGUCAAUGAGCCUUGGUCAGACUAGUUUUAAGGUGAAAACUAGAGGCCUUCAUCAGCUCUGAGCGACAUCCAGAGCUUUCUUCAGGAUCGCCAUCUACUGGAGAGGCCUGGAUGUCGAACACACGAGUCCCACCGACGAACUUCAAGGUAGAUCUUAGUAUUGGGGUCAAAACCACGAAAGCUGACACCCAUAUUUUACCUUCCUUGCGGUCCCCCACACUCACCACCAGCUCUGGUGAGAUGCAGCAGUGAACGACACCAAUGCCUCGCACUGGACACACCCUCGUCUCUGUCUCAGAAACACUUGCCAGCCUUCACGGUGGGUUGGAGAUGCCCCAGAGACAGUAGAGAGGUUCUCGUAAUUUUGUGAUGAUACAGUCUUUUCCCCCGUAACUUGCAGCCUUUCCAUGCCGGUGGGUUUGAGGCACGUCCUCCUCCACAUUACGCAUAUACGUGGAACAGCAGCGUACUUUAAGGACCAACUGCUUAACCUACUUGCAAAAAUCAACACUUUUGGCCCACCAACCUGGUUUCUUACUGUGUCGGCAAAUGACUUAAACUGGCCAGAGCUGUUUAUGUCUCUCAAUCCUGAUCUGACAUAUGAGGAAGCUAAAGCUUUACCACAGCAAGACAAAUGGAACCUGAUGAGAUCAGACCCUGUCAUGUGUGCUAUACACUUCAACCGUCGCACUGAUGCACUACUGCGUUUCAUAUUGAACAGUCCACAACAUCCUAUUGGUGUAAUCACUGACCACUGGAUCCGAGUUGAGUUCCAGUUAAGGGGUUCACCUCAUUUACACUGUAUGUUCUGGGUUGAAAAUGCCCCAAACCUUGAUACCAUAGAAGGAAGGCAAAGAGCACCUGAAUUCAUUGACAAAUAUGUGUCCACACAGCUGCCUGAUGAUGAAAAAUCUCUCCUAUAUGAACUAGUAUCCAAAUACAAGCGACAUCAUCACACAAGCACAUGUCAGAAGAGACGAGUAAACUGUCGAUUUCACUUCCCUCGAGAAGUAUCAGAGACAACACGACUCAGGCUAGAUGUUGAUGCCAAUCGCAGCGCACAGUUCUAUGUUACAAAACGAACUCAACAAGACAUCUGGAUCAAUGCAUAUAACCCCACGUUGCUCUUACACAUGCAAUCAAACAUGGACAUACAAAUGGUUGGUUCAAAAUAUGGUGCUGCUUACUAUGCAUGCAUGUACAUCUCAAAAGCUGAGCCUGAAAAUCUUCAAACAGCUAUCUGUGCUGCUCUGUCACAUCUACCACCUAACAGUACGAAAAGAGCACGUUUAGCUCAGAUUGGUAACACUGUACUCAGCCAUCGCCUAGUUGGCGGGCAAGAAGUUGGCUACAGACUAGCAAACCUGCAACUCAUACGAUCUUCAAGGCAAACAGUGUCAAUUAAUACCAAACCACCACACAAAAGAAUGCGUCUGCUGAAACCCAAAGCUGAGCUUGACAAGCUCGAUGAUUCAUCAUCUGACAUGACACAAAGUUUUAUUUACUGAUUGAACGCAUAAUUCUCACAAUCUUGUGCAACUGCUUUCAUCACAACACUUUAGGAGAACUUUAACUUUGAUCAAUCAUCUCUCUUCGUUUGAUAAUUUUUCUCCUUAUGUUGCUGUUGGCUCAAUUUCCUCUUAUUACUACUAUUCGCAUAAUUCCAUUUCUUAUCUCAUACUACAGUGACAUUGUUGUCCAAUUAUCUGAAGUUCCUUAAGUUAUAAAUCUGCCAACGUAAACAGAGGGCAAUGUUGUUAUUGUCUCUCAAACUCAGUCGGUAUAUGGUCACAUGUGCGAUAUUUACCAGACGGAGGGCUGGGGUAGGCCAUUGAAAUUUUUUGGCUUGGGCAAUUUAGGGAGAGGACCAUUGAAACUUUUUUACAGGGAAUGUCCAUUGAAGAAAAUACCAUUGAAACUAAUGGCAAUUUUGUAAAUUUCUUUUGUAAAUACUAGUAGCUUGUUACUUGUCUCUUGUA